GUUACACCGUCGACGGCGUUGGCAAUUGGUCAAUUAGCUAAUGAAUAUCAUUUGUUGGACUGUCCAAUUGCAAACAUUGGUAGUAGCCUCGGGUUGAAGGCUCGUUGGUUAUUUAGUGUCGGUUUAGAAAAACUCGAUUGUAUCGAAGCUUGA